UACUGUACAGAAAAUGUAUAGCAAGGAAAUGCUUCUGAAACAUCAACAGCACCUGCAGAGACAAAGAGAUGUCAUCGCCUACAGGAUGAAGAAGCUAGCAGCAAAGCAGGUGGAGAUAACAAAAAAGAAUGACGUAUUGAAAGAGAAAAUCAAGAAGAGGUAUGAGGACAUGAAGCGGGUUUUGGAUGAGGAUCUUCGGAUCACACUGACCCAGCUGGACACGGAGCACGAGGCCAUAGAGAAGUUAGUGGAGGAGAGGAUAGAGGACUGCUACCACCUCACCCAGGAACUGGACCAGGAACUGGCCAACAUCAGUGCCCAGGUGAAAAAGGACACACAAGAAGUUGACAUGCAGAAUGCUGAAACUGAAAAAAGAAUUUCUGAGACACUGAAGUUGACUGACCCUGACCUGAUUCAGCUAGAUGAGUUCAAGAAUGAACAACUGCUGAGUCUUACUAUCAACCUUCUGCUGUUUAUCAGAUCCCAAGUCCCUGUCACCAAGAAACUGUUUCAGAGCUAUGCUACAGAUGUUGUCCUUGAUGCCGACACUGCCCACCCCAAGCUGAUCAUCUCUUCAGAAGGGGACUCAGCCACCUACACAGACACCUGGCAGGAUGUCCCAGAGACGCCCUCCCGCUUUGACACCACCCUAAACGUCAUCAGCCAGAAAGGCUUCAGCGAGGGCCGCCAGUAUUGGGAGGUGGAGGUGAGCGAGAAGACCUACUGGGAGCUGGGUCUCACCUACCCGAGCAUCCCACGUGCUGGCCGAGAGGAGGACUGCUGGCUUGGCCGUGGCAGGGAGUCUUGGUGUGUGGAAUACUUUAAUGGAGACUACACAGCCUGGCAUGCUGGUGUUCACUAUGAGCUGCCCCUGCUGGCAGGAAAACAGUUCACCCGCAUCGGGGUAUACUGCAGCUUUCCCGGGGGCACGGUAUGCUUUGUAGGGGCUGAUACCAUGACCCCCCUCUACUGCUUCUGCACCGGGAGGUUCACUGACACCCUACAUCAAGCCUUAUGUCCUGGUCACGACAACGAAGGCACAAACUGGAAAUCCCUUAAGAUUUGUGAUGCUUCCCGAUCAGCUCCUGUUCUCUGAGGAGGGGCAGGAAGGCCUCAGGGGUAGGAGGGAAGGAGCAGAGAUGGUCAGGAAUGUGUUGCGCUGUGGGGCAUGCACACUAUUGCCUGAUCUGACAUUCCUGACCUGUGACACAGCAUCAGCCUUGGAUACUGUGCGUGCCAGGCUAGUCUAAAUAUAUUUAAAGGAAUGGCUGAAGAGUAUCUCUAUUUUAGAUUUCCCAGUGAUGUGAUUCAUUUUCAGUCAUUCAUGCUUUUAUUUACAGUGGACAUGCCAAAGCUGUUCAUCAUAUUCUGGUAAAGUGGUUAUUACCUGAGCUCUAUCUUUAAUGCCAUGAUGAACCAGAAUAUCCAGAUGAGGAAAUGCAAAAAACAGAUGUCAGAGAUGCCAAAG